ACUCCUCACAGCAUAUACUCUCAUUCACAUAUAGCUGAAUAUUGAAGUGAGAGAAAAGAAAGAAACAAAGAAAGUUAAAAAAGAAGCAAAAUGGAAAACUUUCCAGUUGUUGACAUGGGGAAGCUUAACACAGAAGAGAGAAAAGCUACCAUGGAGAUGAUCAAAGAUGCUUGUGAGAACUGGGGCUUCUUUGAGUGUGUGAACCAUAGUAUAUCUAUUGAGUUGAUGGACAAAGUGGAGAAGCUCACAAAAGAACACUACAAGAAGUGUAUGGAACAAAGGUUCAAAGAAAUGGUAGCAAGCAAAGGUUUGGAGUGUGUUCAGUCAGAAAUAAAUGAUUUGGAUUGGGAAAGCACUUUCUUUUUGCGCCAUCUUCCUUCUUCUAAUAUUUCAGAGAUCCCAGAUCUUGAUGAAGAUUACAGGAAGACAAUGAAGGAAUUUGCAGAGAAAUUGGAGAAACUGGCAGAGGAACUUCUUGACUUAUUGUGUGAGAAUCUUGGACUUGAGAAAGGGUACUUGAAGAAAGUGUUUUAUGGAUCAAAGGGUCCAAAUUUUGGUACAAAAGUUAGUAACUACCCUCCUUGUCCUAAGCCUGAUCUCAUCAAGGGACUUAGAGCACACACAGAUGCUGGUGGCAUCAUCCUUCUCUUCCAAGAUGACAAAGUCAGUGGACUUCAGCUUCUCAAAGAUGACCAAUGGAUUGAUGUCCCUCCAAUGCCUCACUCUAUUGUCAUCAACCUUGGUGACCAACUUGAGGUGAUAACAAAUGGGAAGUACAAGAGUGUGAUGCACAGAGUAAUUGCUCAAACAGAUGGUGCUAGAAUGUCCAUAGCUUCAUUCUACAAUCCAGGGAAUGAUGCUGUAAUCUCACCAGCUUCAACCUUAUUGAAGGAAGAUGAAACAAGUGAAAUUUAUCCAAAAUUUAUCUUUGAUGAUUACAUGAAACUCUAUAUGGGACUCAAAUUCCAAGCUAAAGAGCCUAGAUUUGAAGCUAUGAUGAAAGCCAUGUCAAGUGUUGAAGUGGGACCCGUAGUAACCAUAUAAAAAAAAAUGCAUAUUAUUAGAUUGAUUAUGUGUGGUUUUGUUAAUAAGCUGAGAUUAUUAAGCGAUUUAGUCUUUGGUGUUUAUUUAUUAUAUAUAAUUGGUAUGGGAGGUUAAGAUCGAAAAUGUUAUUAAAGUUUUAUAAUAAACUAUGAUUAGUUCGAUCUUAGAUUGUGUGUAAUCACCGAUCAGUGAUGAUUAACUGAUUAAGUAUAUGUAAUGUGAUGCAGUGAUGUAGUAGUACUGUUUUUUUUAAAGCAAAACAAGGUGCUGUCUCAUGAUUCUUCUUUGGCUUA